GCCGGGACCAGUGAAAACUACAAGUCCUGGCGGCUGCUCAGUCUGCAAGUCGGUAGUACCUGGUUGGCGGGGCACAUUGGAUACCUCCUUGUGUGUGUGGGGGGAGUGGCAUUACGAUAACUGUGAAUUCAUUGGGCCCCUCACUAGAGGGAAAUUGUCAACGGCAGCAUGACAGCCCCGUUAAGUUCCACUGACAGCAGCGACUGUUCUUUUAUCUAUGCAAAUACAAAGAUAAGAGACGCAGCUUAAAACGAAAUGGGAAAAGUGACGUUGCUCACCGGAAUGCUGAAACGUUAUUUCAUCUUUGUGCCCGUCACGGACAGCAUGAGUGCAAGGCACUUUCUGGUACUUUUUCUCUCUUCAUUCGUACUUUGCUGGGAUAUGCAAACCCAGUUGACAGGUGUCUUAGAUGACUGCUUUUGUGACAUAGAAAGCAUUGAUGUUUUCAACAAUUUCAAGAUCUUUCCCAAGAUGCGGCAACUUAUAGAAAGGGAUUACUUUCGAUAUUAUAAAGUGAACCUGAAGAGACCAUGCCCCUUCUGGCCAGAUGAUGGGCAUUGCUCUAUUAAGGACUGCCAUGUAGAGCCUUGCCCUGAGAGCAAAGUUCCAGUUGGAAUCAAAGCUGGGAAUUAUAAUAAAUAUUCAGAGGCUGCAAACAAAAUGAAGGAGAUGGAAGACUGUGUGCAAGCAAAUCAACUGGGGGCUAUAAACAGCACACUGAGCAAUCAAACUAAAGAAGCUUUUGUAGACUGGGCAAGACAUGAUGAUGCACAAGACCAUUUUUGUGAACUUGAUGAUGAGACUUCUCCUAAUGCAGAGUAUGUAGACCUCCUUUUAAACCCUGAGCGAUAUACUGGUUAUAAGGGAUCAUCAGCUUGGAGAGUGUGGAACAGCAUAUAUGAAGAAAACUGCUUCAAGCCAAGAUCCGUUUACCGGCCCUUAAACCCAUUGGCUCCAGGCAGAGGUGGUGAAGAUGAUGCAGGAGAGGGAUUCUACAAAUGGUUAGAAGGUUUGUGCCUUGAGAAAAGAGUCUUUUACAGACUGAUAUCCGGCCUUCAUACAAGCAUUAACAUACACCUUUGUGCUCAGCAUUUAAAUAUUGAGGUUUUUGGGAAAGCAAAAUGGGGACCAAAUGUAAAAGAGUUUCAGCAUCGCUUUAUUGAAACCAAGGGAGAGGGGACAAGACGGCUGAAGAACUUGUACUUCCUUUUCUUGAUUGAAUUGCGGGCUUUGUCAAAGGUGGCGUCCUACUUUGAGCGUUCCAUUGUGGACCUUUAUACUGGAAACAGCCAAGAAGAUGCUGUUACAAAGGAGCUGCUUUUACAAGUGCUUAAUGAAGCAAAAGCAUUUCCAAUGCACUUUGAUGAAAAGUCCAUGUUUGCUGGACACAAAAUGGAAGCAAAAUCUCUAAAGGAAGAGUUCAGGCUUCAUUUUAAGAACAUAUCGCGCAUAAUGGACUGUGUUGGCUGCAGCAAGUGUCGUUUAUGGGGCAAACUUCAGACUCAAGGACUAGGAACAGCCCUGAAAAUUUUGUUUUCAGAAAAAGAGAUAAAAAAUCUUCCAGAGAACAGCCCCUCUAAAGGCUUCCAGCUCACUCGGCAAGAAGUAGUUGCCCUUUUAAACGCUUUUGCAAGGCUUUCUACGAGUAUAAAAGAGCUUCAUAACUUCAGAAAUCUUAUUCAGAAUAAGAGGUAACCCCAAUUUCUAGCCACAGAGUGGCACCUGCCCUAAGGACGCUGCAAUUGUCUGUUUUAAUUCUGGUGCUGACCCAGAAUGAGACCACAUCUUCAGGGACUUCAAGAUUCAAGCCUGGAAAAGCUUGGAGAAUAGCUUUGUUUUUCCUUAAGCUGUACUCACUUUUUAAUCCUCUGACAGCAAAACUGUAGAAAUGGCGGUGUUUACACUGGAGAAAGUUCAAAGUGCAGGCUCUUCCUAGCAGCUUUAUUUUUAGGCUUUGGAUCCAUUGGUGCAAUUUCUUUCUUUUCUUUUCGUUAAACGUUUAUGCAACUUGAACUCUUUGAAUUUUGGCUUGGUUUCCCACAGCUUUGCAAAAAACUUGGUGACAGUUCUAAGUAGUGUUAUUUUGAAUUGCAUACAGUAUGGCAAUGUAGAAGUGGCUUUUUUUUUUACUUGAACAUUUUUGUUUACUUAACACAGCAUUUAUAACCAUGAAUUCCCUAUGAGUUUUAGAUUUGGUUUAUGUUUUGUCAUUUUGUUUUGCAAAUUUUGCAAAGCUGGUUGUAAGUUUCUCAAUUGACAUUCCUUAGGGUGGAACAAAGGGAGCAAAAGUUAAAACAAGCUUCCUUUAUUUAGGUUCUAUUUAUUCAGUGCCCCUGUCACAAAGCCAACCCGGAAUGCUGCACAAAAAUUCAAACUUAAAAAAGGAAAACACACUUUACAAAAAUAAUAAAUAGUUCUAGUAAUUUGAUUUCAGUUCAAGUAUGCCAGCCUAACUAUGCCUAAAUACACAAAAGAAUGAAGUAAUAGGCUUAUCCUGCUUAAUUUCACCUCCUUUAAGGGUGAUGAUGUUUUGUAUGUUGUGUUCAUAGUGAUGCUUUGAACCUGAAGCAGCUGUCAUUCAGUCCAGAAGCACCAAACUCCCAGCUUUAACUUCCCAGUUAACAGUUGUCACAAGAAUUGGAAAGAAUCAAAGCCAAACCUGUCUGAACACUUGAACCAGAGUUUAACUCUAGGUAGCCUGUUUGUCUGCACCAAUCUGUGUCAUCCAUCUAAAGUCCAUGCCACUUUACACGACUUUUCCACCGAUUUUCAUUCAUACUUAGCGACUUGUCACGCACUCUUACGUACCCAGCGACUCUCUCCAACUAGUCCACAAUUCACCCUUACAAAAUCAAAGAGUACUACAAUGAGUAUAACGCAACUGCAAGGAAUGAGACACAGGGGGGUUUGGACCUUGCAGACACAAGAGAGGCUCAACUGUCUAAUGUCUUGUGUUUUCUAAAACACGACAUAAAGGAAAACAAAAAAAAAAGUGCCACGAUUGCAGGAAAUCUCGCAGUACGUGCAACCUUAUUGGCUGUCAGAAAAGGGGGAGAGCUUGUGAUAUUUUGGAAAUGUGAAUCUCUGUCAUCAUCAGUCCUGUAAUUUGACAUACCUUGUGAUAUCUUGUUGUUUGUUAUUAUGACAAUCUCAGGCAAAGAGGACAGAAACUGCAUUCGUCAUGUUUGACAUCCCUUCUGACUAGAUAGAUAGAUAGAUACUUUAUUAAUCCCAAUGGGAAAUUCACAUAAGUGAUCAAUAAAUAAACAUAGAAAAAUAAAAGUAGAAAAGUACACAUACAUAUACAGUCAUACACAGAGCUGCUGAAAAGGCUGCCACUCACGGCGGCGCCGGAUGCACAUUUCAAUAUUGACUAUAUUGACUUAAGAUGAUGAAGUUAGAUAACUCGCCAAGGCAGUCGUUAACUCUGAGGUCAAAUGAAUAAACCCAGAACCACUACUCCCUUAAACUGAUUUCAGUUGAGAAGAAAAGCAGUCUUGGCAUGUAAAAUCAAAGAUGUGUAGAUAAACAUCGACUAGAUGGAGAGCAGUCACCCUGAUGAGCAAGACCCUGUAAGUCUGAUGAUGAACUGGCAGUGUAGCCAAGUGCUUGCACCAUCCUACGUUAUUAUCCUUGUUUAAUCGGUAACAUAGCAUUCCUACAGAAUGGUAACCGAGGAACCAUCUAAUAGUGGGAUUAGAAACUCCUCUUGUGGGUUUCUGGUCCAGCUUUCAAGCAAACAGACAGGAAUGGUGUCCCAGAAAUAUUCAAAUGUUUGUUUGCAUGGCUCGGCUGAAUUUCAGCCUAUUUCCUUGAGAGAAUUUUAUAAGCCUGCAAAUCCUGCUGAUGAAGGCUGCGCUUUCUAGUGGUCACUGAUGAGAAUUUGCUCAGACUGACGCUCCUACUCUCUCUCCCAUCCUGUCCUGGAUGAUACAGCAAAGGUGAAACACAAACCUGAGUCGGAGGUGCCAGUUCUGUCAGCUAGCUUAAAACAAUGCCAGCCACUGACAGACGUGCACACUGCAUCUCUUCUCAGCCUGCCUGCUAAUUACACUUGUACCAAAAGCUUCCUCUUCACUGCUAUGGAGAACAUCAUUUUAAAUUUAAUAACUGCAUAACAUAUGUCAGGUCUUAGAUUGUUAGCGUACAGUAAAUCAUAGAACGACCUCCACCUUUCUCAUCAAGGAACGUGGCGAGUCAGGAAAACACAAAACUUACAAAUCUGGAGCACAAAGCCUGCACAAAGUGAACAGUUGUGUGUCCAUGCUGGUGAGCUCUCCCCGGGUAGUACUGCUGUCACUUUCUCCACGUUGUCCAAUGUUUGCCUUUUUAUGAUCUUCUAAUUUUGUGCUCUUUCUCUUUGAGGCCUUUCAUUUAUUUUAUUUACAUGCUAGCCAAACUAUCUGGCAUUGCCUGGUGUGCCAUGCUGUUGGAUCUAAACUGGCCUGGUGCAGAUUGUACUGACAUCUACACAGCUGCUUUCUUCCAUUAACCAUUUGCGUCAAGGGACUUGAACUUUCUUUAUUCUCUCCAUUGUAAAACAUUAUACCUAUUCUUUAUCUUUGAAAGCAGAUGUUGUCUCCCUCCUUUGUGGUGUGCUAUUCAUUGCUGCUGGUACUCAACUCUGAAGCAGCCUUCCUCCAUCCAGUGCUUCGGAAUCCUUGUUUCAGGCGUGCGUUUGUUUUCUUCACACUCUGCUGCCCCAGGAGAUUUUUUUUUCUUUUUUGCAGCAAGUUGAAAGUUUGCAGAGUCUUUGACCUUUAAAGAGAACUGUAGUGAAGAAAUGGAAUGUUGGGGCAUAAAAAUAAGAAUCUCAAAUUGAAAAAACAGAGAAGCUUGAUGGCUGGCGCCAAGCGGGAUGUGCCAGCCCCGUGGAAAGUUCAAGAGCGUUGUGUGGGAGCCUCUUUAGAAUUCCUGAGCUGGCCCGGCUGACUUUUAUCAUUUUGAUAUUUUUUCACUGUGCAGCUGUUUUCAUGCAUUGGGUGGCAGAGAUGUCUGGAGCAGAAGCGUCUUAGAUUGUGGCUAGGGACUGGGGGGUGACAGAAUACCAAUAGGUGGGGUCACCUCACAUUAUAACAGGACACCUUGCCAUUCUUGGGCCAUUUGCUUUUGAAUACUUGUCAUGAGGAAAGGGACUAUCUAUCUAUCUGUGUAUAUAUAUAUAUAUAUUGCAUAGUUUACUGUCAAAUAAUGCAAAGAGUACGCAACACGUGUUUCGCCCUAAUUCUGGGCUCAUCAGGCGUAUACACUCACUCAAGGAGUUGUCCUUAAGAGCUGGGGAUGAUGGUGUCACCCUGAGCGAAUCUCUGAGCAGCGACCAUGUGGUGCAAACAGCAGCCCUGCACUCACUCGCUUGCUCAUACUGGGCCAAUGUAGAGUCACCAGUGAGCCUUACCUGGGAUAUGGGAAAAGAGCCACAAACCAGGAAAGAAUGCAUGAACUUUAAGCAGAUAGUCAACUGCUGGGAAAUUGUUCCCCAGGUCCAGCAGUAGCCCCCUUUUGUUGAAUAUGACACUUUUUUGUUCCUAAACAGUUUAGUUAAUGAGCACACUGCCUAAAAUCUUGUGUUACCAUUAAGAAUUUCCCACUUAAGAAGCAAUUAAGAGAGCGAAAUCUGAAUAAGUAAUUAUGGCAUCUUGAAGAAUGUGAUAGAGACCACUCAGCCCAGCAGGUCCAUGUGGAUGGCUGAGUUGUCCCAGUUUUUCAUGCAGAUGCUUUUAAAGGUUGUCCAGGACUCCAUUUCAGCUAGGUGGCUCGGGGGUUUGCUCCAAAAUCCCCAUGACUCUUUGCUUUCUGGGUUCAGUCCUAAAUCUAAGUACGCUUCCCCUUCAUUAUCAUAAAUGUGGUUUGGAUUAUGUCCUCACGUGGCCUCUUUUGCUGCCGACUAAAUAAGACCCUAACUCUGAGCGUGUCCCCCCCCAGUAGCCCCUGCUCUUUAGUCCCCCAGAUGCACUUUUCUUGCUCUCCUCCAAACACCAUCAAGUGCUGCUUUGUCUUUUUUUUUGUUUGUACUGUGGUGACCGGAGCUGCCCACCAUACCCCAGAUGCCCUCUCACUUGGCCAUUGUUCAGUCUGAGUGUAGCGCCUCUUGAUUUUCACUUCGCAGUUUUUAUUAGGCAGCCCCCCAGGACAACUCUUGGCCUUUUCCAGAGGCUCACCCAUCUUUGUGUUUGUAAUUCGCCUCCAUGCGGCUUUUCUCUCCCUGUCCACUUUUUCUACUUUUCAUGUCUUUUUGGAUUUUUAAGCUGUUCAGUAUCAGUACAGACAUCCAUCCAACACCAAACCCCAUUCAUGUGAUUCCUGUAUUUAGCCAGUAUUGGGUGCAAGGCGGCAGGUAGCAUGGGUUUGGGACACCACUUUUGAGCUGUCAGUUUAACUAAUGUGCACAUACAGAGAUUUGAACCCUGUACUCUUGAGCUCGCCUUUACACGUCACCAUGUUGUCCUAUGAAGCGGUAACAGCAGCACACGUUUUUCUGCAUCUUUCCAAAAAGUGACACAUUACUCUGAAUAAUAGAAAAGCAGCAGCAGCUGAGGCCGGCUGGAGGGCCGAUUAACAUGAGCAGCCACUAGAUGGCCAGUGAGCCCUUGUUGAACCAUCAUGAGGUGCACGGAGCCCAUGAGUUCCAUUUGCUGCUCACUCGUCUCUCUCUUGAUUUUAGCUGGAAAGCUGCAGUCCCAGCUUCAUUUCAUGCUUUGCUCUUUUGAGGCAUCUUAAUAACAAAGGGUUCCUGAGUGGCUUCUGUCCUUGGAGAUCUGAAAUGUGGCUGUCAAUUUGUAAGCCCCCAGUACGUACCUGGAAAUGGUAAACCGAGUGUAGCUUUUACUUCAUGAAAUGUGUGUGGCAGUUAAGGCGCCAAUGGAAACGAGAAAAAUGCUGGGGGAGUGUAAAUUUAUGAAUGGAGGGACUUGAACACACAGCCAAGCCGGGAGAGCCACACUUGUUUUUCAAAGGCACUUUUAUUCAAUUAUUCCAUGUAGGCAAAACGUUUCUGGCCAAAGAUGCAUCAAGUGUAAGGACAGAGGAGCAGCACCGCCCGGGUAGGUCAGGGGGUGCAGAGUUUGAGGGGAAAGCUUUCUGUUCUUUUGCUGCCUUACCACUGUGGGGCCACACCAGCCGGCUGACCGCGUGGCUUAUUCGUUUGUGUUUGUUUGCUGAGUGGACUUGUGGGGUUUUGAUUUAUGAACUCAUUGUGCUUUGUUGCUUUUUUUUCUUAAUUAAAAAAAAAAGAAUGAAACGCAGUUAGAGGUCCGCAGACGUGAAGCACCGUUUUCUCCCAUCGCGUGUGAAAUGCAUGGUUUGUAAGCACGCAGCUCUUUGUGCAAUCCGCUGUCUGCCUUAAGCGUCAAAGAACUUGCCUGGGACGGCAAAUCUGAUUGUAACAUUUUGCCUUCGGCAUUUUCUUCUGCAUCGGAUAUUUACUGGACGUAAACAUUCCUCUCCAAAACAAACGCCCUUCAUCACCAUUAUACUUAUAACCUUAUUCUGAUAUUAUUUGUGAGUGUUAAAAGUUUAAAUUGUAGCAAGAGCCAAACCCUGUAGCUUUGCACCAAUAAUAAUAAUUCGUCAGUUAUAUUUAUUUAAAAAAAAAAUAAACAU